ACGCCUGCUGUUUUGGCGUCUGCCCUCUCUCCGUCGCCACUCCCUCCCCCCUCAUCUCACCCCUCAGCACCUCCCCCUUUUCUCUCCCUGCUUUUCCUUCCAGUCUGGUUCUUCUGUUGGCUGUUGGCUUUGGAGAAGGCUGGGGGAGGGAUCUCGCGAUUGUUGGACUUUUUUUUCGGGGGAUGGUGGGCUGGGGGGGGGGGAGUUAUUUGGAAGAUGGCGCCCGUUGUUACGAGGAAGUUUGGUGAGCGACCUCAGCGUUUGACAAGGGAAGCUAUGAGGAACUACUUGAAGCACAAAGAUGAUCAAACAGUGCUCAUACUACAUGCAAAAGUUGCACAAAAGUCAUAUGGCAAUGAAAAAAGGUUUUUCUGCCCUCCACCGUGUGUGUACCUGAUGGGCAGUGGCUGGAAGAAGAAGUUAGAGAAUAUGGAGAAGGAGGGUUGUACAGAGCAGGAGGCCCAGCCAUGUGCCUUCAUUGGGAUAGGCAACAGUGAGCAGGAGAUGCAGCAACUCAAUCUGGAAGGGAAGCACUUCUGCACAGCUAAGACACUGUAUAUCAGUGACUCGGAUAAAAGGAAACACUUCAUGCUGACUGUGAAGAUGUUGUAUGGGAACAGCGCCAACAUAGGAGUCUUCCUCAGCAAGAGGAUCAAGGUCAUCUCCAAGCCAUCCAAGAAGAAACAGUCCUUGAAAAAUGCAGAUUUGUGCAUCGCUUCAGGGACUAAGGUGGCAUUGUUUAACCGUCUGCGUUCCCAGACGGUCAGUACCAGGUAUCUUCAUGUGGAGGGGGGGAACUUUCUUGCCAGCUCCCAACAGUGGGGAGCCUUCUACAUCCACCUCUUGGAUGAUGAGGAGUCUGAAGGAGAAGAGUUUGCUGUGAGAGAUGGCUAUAUUCACUAUGGCCAGACGGUCAAAUUGGUCUGUUCUGUUACUGGCAUGGCCCUGCCCAGACUGGUCAUUCGCAAAGUGGACAAGCAGGCUGCAUCAAUGGAUGCAGAUGACCCAGUGUCCCAGCUUCACAAGUGUGCCUUCUACCUGAAAGAUACAGAGAGAAUGUAUCUCUGUCUCUCACAGGAGAGGAUCAUCCAGUUCCAGGCCACACAGUGCUCCAAAGAGUCUAACAAGGAGAUUGUUAACGAUGGCGCUUCCUGGACUAUCAUUAGCACUGACAAGGCAGAGUACACCUUUUAUGAGGGUAUGGGCCCCGUCCCCACACCGGUCACACCUGUCCCUGUGGUGGAGACUCUUCAGUUAAACGGUGGAGGAGAUGUGGCAAUGUUGGAGCUUACAGGACAGAACUUCACCCCUACCCUCCGAGUGUGGUUCGGAGAUGUAGAGGCUGAUACCAUGUACAGAUGUGGAGAGAGCGUCCUGUGUGUGGUGCCGGACAUUUCCGCCUUCAGGGAGGGCUGGCGUUGGGUGAGACAGCCGGUUCAGGUCCCUGUCACGCUGGUCCGCAAUGAUGGCGUCAUCUACGCCACCGCUCUCACCUUCACCUACACUCCUGAACCAGGGCCCCGGCCCCACUGCAGUGCUGCUGGGGCCAUUCUGCGGACACAUAGCAUCUCUUCGUCAUCACCAGCAUCUUCAUCCUCACCAUCAUCGUCGUUGGGCGGGCUCGGGGAUGGCCAUGGGGCUUACAUUAACAGUAGUGACUCAGGCUUGUCGGUGCUGUCAUAGUAAUACUUAUUCUCUUAUUGAUGUUUUUGUAUGUGUGCAUUGAAUGACUGACUGACUGACUGACUGAGUGUAAAAAAAAAAAAAUGUGUGCAUGUACUUGUGAGCCAAAGAGGCUCAUGGACCUGUGAAGAAUUGCACACAGACUCGGAAACUCUCCAUCAAAGAGAAACUGUGAUCGUCAAAGCUAAAGAGAAUUGGAAAAAAAAGAGAAUGCCUGGGAUAACUGAAUACUCUCUGUAGCUCCCUCUCCUGGUUUGUUGUGGACAUGUCAAAAGCCCCACUCAAAAGACCUUGAUAUUCAAGAUCUUCACCUAAGAAGACAAAUCUGCCAUGUAACUCUCACAACAACCUGAUUUGUACAAGAACCAUCUAGUUUUUUAUAUGCCUGUGGGUUUGGAAGCUAUUUUCACUAUGCUCUCUUUUUACCGAGUUCAUGUUUUUACUGAAAAGCUUGUUGAUGGUUAUGUGCAAGGGGGGAAAAAAAAAACAUAUAUAGAUAGUUUUUACGGACCAAGGAAUAUUAUAUUAUUUUAUUCAUAUUAUAUUUUAUAUGCUUUUGCCGAGGUACAUGUUGACAUUUUUUGUAUGAUACUGCAUAGUAAGUUCUCUUUUGUUACCAAAUUGAAUUGCUCAUGUUGUUGGCUCCUUAUUGAGUUUUCUAAGGUUUUCUUUUAGGUCACUGGGCUCAACCGAUCAGUCCCAAAACUUUCCCCAACUUUUGACGUUUUUUAAUGAGUGUAGUGAUUGCGUGUGAUAAUUUGUGAUACGCUACCAAUGUAUUCAUGGAGACCAAGGCCUGUGUUUUCUAAUCAGUGUGCUGUUUUUGUAUGAGAGUGAUUUAACUCAAAUCUAAACAUAAUCAGUGGCUCUUUUACCAUGGCUACUUGCACAGCAGGGCUUCUUAUUACACAGUGGUGAAGCUGAAUUGCAGUACUCUUAUAAGUUGAUGUAAAUUACUACUGUGUCAAGGAACAAAGAAGGAAGGUUAGAACUAAUGUCUGUCUAAUCAUGUUAAAGAAUUCAUUCUGUGCACAUGACAGCCAUUUGGGGGGGCUUAAAUUUUCUUUUUAGUGUGUGCUUAUUAGUUGGAAGAAUAGCUUUAAUGUUUUCGCCUUGUAGCUCGUAUCGCUGUCCUCACAGUCCACCUAAACUCAGCAAUGUCACGUUGGGAUUGAGCCUUGUUGAAUCUGGUUUUGUCAAAUAUGGCAUAUGACUGCAAAUGCAGUAGUCAAACUCAUUUUAAUGCAAUCAGCUGUGGUGGUGCUUUGGGUCUUAUGCGAUGACGUGAAUCCUUGUAUAGAUUCAAACUCCUCGUUUGUUCUGCCUCUCUACCUACCUUGUUCAGCAGGUUGAACAUAAAAAUUUACCUUUGAACUGAAUUACUAAACUAGUCAGGAAUGAUGACAUGUCGUCGCCUUAAAAACCACUACCCACAGUAUUUGUCUUGCUUAAAAUACCUUUCAAAUGAUUCUGAUUUCCAUCAGGCUUUUUGUAUCAUACUGUAUAUCCUGUUCAAAAAUUGAGUUUCAAGUAAAUGUGGUAGGUUGGCCAGCUUACUGCCUGUUUUUUAUGACAAUGAUGUGAAUCACUUAAUUUCUUGCAUAUGUGUUUUCAGCAUGCCUGCAAGCAAGACAUAAAUUUAUGGUUGUGCAGCUUAGUAUUUACACCAUAACAAUCCAGAGACGCCUCUUUGUGCCACCGUCGAGUCCCAUCAAAACAACGUUCUCCAUCAUUUUCUUUUUGUUCUCUCCGUAUACAAUAGUCAGAUUGAUAGAUUAUCUGAUUCAGGAUUUUAUACCAGUUUAGUUUCUGCAGCUUGCUAAAGGAGUAUCUCAACAACAUUGGAAGUUGUCUGGUUCUGCAGAUGUGUAGGGAUGUGGCAUUUCAGGUCACACCUGAUCAAAUCUUUGCUCGUUCCAAGUUAUUGAAGUGUUUACCACUGCACUGCCCAGACAUUUGAUUCUUAAUCUACCCUUUUAGUUUCUUCUUUGUGUCUGUGUGUGUUCAGUCAAGUCACCAUGUACUACACAGUAUCUACAAGGCCAGGUGUGAUGUAAGUUAGUUCAGUCAUAAAGUCAACUGUGAGCUAACUGCAACAUGAGCAUUUCCAUAGCUCUUGUGUUUAUAUCCCUCCUUUUGUUUUUCAAUGCUCUUUCCCUAUAUGAUGACAUCCCUCCAUCUUUUUAGUCUGGUGUAUUACUCUUUCAAUAUUAAAUCAAUCUGCCAAGGUUCUCCAGUAAAAGGUCAUGAAUAAAAACAAGCUGAAGCUGAAUGGCACUCAUA